CAUUUAAAUCAGGCGUAUCGCCAAUUCACUGUCCUCGCCUAGAACGGGUGGUCGUUGGCCGGGUGACCCACAUCGUGACCAGGUGCCGGGGGAGACCCAGAGUUUCUGCGCGGAAUUCGCCCAUCUAGUGGCCCACAGACACCUUGAUUACGCGCAGGAAGGGGAGUGGAGAGGACAGAGGUCACAGUGCCUCGCCAGGCUGACACGCGUGACGUACGAACCCUGGAACCCCUGCUGCCAGACGCCAAACACAGCGGCCGCUUGAAAGCAGCCUUAAAAGAAAAUCGCACACAGAAGUCCAGCGAGAGCCAACGUAUACAUACUAGGGCAUUUAUCGCGUGCCUUCUUUUACUGUCUGGGCUGGCGGCUGUUUGCGUGAGAGCCCUUCGCCUCCUCCUCAUCCCGUCUCCUCCUGCCCGCGCGCGGGCGUGAUGCCAAAAACCUUGAUAGCAUGAUUUGUGUUAUAGGCACGUAUUUCAUACAUAUCUGUUGCUGGCUCAAUCAGCUUUGAGCAUUGGGAAAAGUAGACCAAGCGAAUGGUCCCGCCGAGUCUGUGACCAGUUAUAGUUUGAUGUCUUGGCGUGAGUAUUACAAGCUUUCAAUAUAGAAUAUAACAGAGUUCUUCAUCGGCUUAAGAGCAACUGCUGCGCCCGAUCGAAUCAGCAACUUGCGAACCUGCUCGCAUCAAGUAGCCUUACUAGCGCACAAGCUUACACCUUGCGAUGGCUGCGCAGUGCGCAAUGCAGCGCGCGCGCUCAGUAACCGCUGCUGCGAGCACUGCCCUGCCGACCCCACGAUCGGUCAGCGGCCCCCGACUGGCCACGCAGCCACUCCACCCGAAGCAGGCGUUGGCUCCCGCGCCACUGAGCGCCCCCGCCGCCGCUGCUCGAAACUACCUUUCUGCGCGUAGUGGCAGGGACUUCCGGCUCGCUGCGUCGACCUCUGAUGCGGCAUCGGGCUCAGGGGCGGGCGCGAGCGCGGGUGUAGCGGAGGUGGUCGAGGCGCAGCUUGUCGAGGCGGAUCAGGGGGCGGCUGCGGAGGCGGCGCCGGCGGCGGCGGAGGCGCCUGCUGAAGCGGACGCAGCGGCGAGCCAACUGGGUCAGGACGACGACUCAGACAACCCGGUGGUGGUGGCGGAGGAGGUGCUGACCGCGGCGGCGACGGCAGUGGAGGCGGUGGUGGAGGCAGCGGUGGAGGCAGCGGUGGAGGCCGCCGAGGCCGCCGUUGACGUGACCACCGCCGUCGCCGCGGCCGCCCUGGACCCGCCGCAGGCGGCAGCAUCGUCGGCUGCGGCGGCCGAGCCGGCCGUCACCACCAGCUUCACGUCGGCUGCCGCGGCGUCCGACGUCUCCGCCGACGCCGACGUCGCGGUGCCGGCGUCGUCGUCCUCCUCCUCCUCCUCCAUGACCUCCCUCUCCAGUGUGGAGGCGGAUGCGGAUGUGGUGGAGGCCGCCGCCGCAGCAGCAGCAGCCGCACGCCGCGCCCGCGAGGAGCAGGGGGCGGAAGCCGCCGCCGCUGCCGCCGCCGCCGCCGCUGCCGCCGCCGCCACUACCGUCACUACCGCCACCGCUGCUCAAGCCAGCGGCGCCACCGCAACGCCGCAGCCGCCGGUGCCGCAGGCGCCGCCGCCGCCGGCCGCCGAGGAGCCCGCGGCUCCCGCUGCCGCUCCCUCCGCCGGGGGCCGUGUGCGGCGGCGCGCCCCGCCCGUGGACCUGCCCAUUGCGGAGAUGAUGAGUCGCGGCAAGCAGCCGGGCGGCGCGCCGCGGCCCUUCCCGCCGCAGGUGGACCUGCAGCGCAUCAGCGAGGCGGUGCUGGGCGAGCCGACCAUUGGGCCCACAUUCCGGGAUCUGUUUGAGCUGAGCCGCCGCCGCACUGAGGCGCUGGCGGCGGAGGCGGAGGCGGCGGCGGCCGUGGCGGGCGCACAGGACCAGAUGGAGCCGGGCGCGGCGGCGGCGGCGACGGGGCCGCUGCUGUACGCGCCGCGCUUCCCGCGCCCGGCCGGCUCCCCCGACCCCUCCACACUGCCGCUGCUGGUGUACCUGCCGGGCAUCGACGGCACCGGGCUGGCCGCGUACCGGCAGUUCCCGGGCCUGGCCUCCAAGUUCGACCUGCGCGGCGUGUUCAUGCCGCCCGAGGACCGCACGCCCUUCGCGGGCCUGGUGGAGUCGGUUGCGGCCCAGAUCGAGGACGAGGUGGCGGGUCUGGACCCGGGCCGGCCGCUGUACCUGCUGGGCGAGUCCUUCGGCGGCAUCAUGGCACUGGCGCUGGCGCAGAGGCUGAGCUGCGUGGACCGGCUGGUGCUGGUCAACCCCGCCACCUCCUUCGACCGCUCGCCCUGGCCCGCGCUGGGCCCGCUGCUGCCCUCGCUGCCGGCCGACGCCUACAAGCUGCUGCCUGUGGCGCUGAGCCCCAUCCUGUCCAACCCCAUCUCCAUGGCCCGCCGCGCCGCAGCGCCCGGAGACCCGCUGCCGCAGCAGGCCGUGGACCUGCUGUACGGCCUGCUGGACCUGAUUCCGGAGCUGUCCUCGCUGCGAGUGGUGCUUCCGCCGCAGACCCUGGCCUGGCGCCUGCAGCUGCUGGCGGAGGGGGCGGCGGCGGUCAACCCCACACUGGGCAAGGUCAAGCCCCGCACGCUGCUGCUGGUGGGCUCCAACGACCUGGUCAUCCCCUCCGCCGCCGAGGCGCCGCGGCUGGAGCGCGCCCUGCCGCGCUGCACCAGCCGCACACUGCAGGGCGGCAGCCACGCCCUGCUGCAGGAGAGCGAGGUGGACCUGCUGCGAAUCAUACAGGAGGAGGACUUCUACGUCUCCCGCCGCCGCCUCACGCGACCCAACGUGCCGGCCGGCUUCAACCCCGACACCGCCACGCGCCCCGCACCCGGCGGCGCCAACUUCGGCACGCCCGGCCCGCUGGAGCUGCCCACACCCGGCGAGCUGCGGCGCGCGGUGGAGGGCGGCGGUCUGGGCGGCCUGAAGCGCCUGGUGUCGCCCGUGUACCUGUCCACGGACGCCGCCAGCGGGCGCGUGGUGGUGGGGCUGGAUCGGCUGCCGCUGCCGCGCAGUGGGCCCAUGCUGUUCGUGGGCAACCACCAGCUGUUCGCCCCCGACAUGCCGCUCAUGAUCCAGCACUUCCUGGAGGAGCGCGGGCAGCUGCUGCGCGGCCUGGCGCACCCCAUGGCGCUGGGCAUGGGGCCGGGCAACGGCGGCCCCAUCCCCGGCGCCGAGUCCAACAGCCGCUUCGGCCGCUUCCUGGAGACCUUUGGCGCCGUGCCGGUGUCGGGGCGCAACCUGUACCAGCUGCUGGCGGCGGGCGAGGCGGCGCUGCUGUACCCGGGCGGGGUGCGGGAGGCCCUCAAGCUGCGCAAUGAGCAGUACGCGCUCAUCUGGCCGCGCCGUGCCGAGUUCGUGCGCAUGGCCAUGAAGUUCGGCGCCACCAUCAUCCCCUUCGCGGCUGUGGGCGCCGAGGACUCGGCCCAGGUGGUGCUGGACCGCACCGACCUCAUGGCCGCGCCGCUGCUGGGAGACCUCCUGCGCAGGCAGCAGGACAACAUCGUGCGGGCCCGUCGCGGCGUGUCGGAGGCGUCCGAGGUGGAGGAGUCUUUCAUCAGCCCGCUGGUGGCGCUCAGGCCGCCCGCGCGCUUCUACUACCUGUUCGGGGCGCCCAUCACCACUGCCGCGGAGCAGGCCGAAGACCGCCAGCAGGUGGAGGCCACCUACGGCCGAGUCAAGAGCGAGGUGGAGGGCUGCCUGGGCUACCUGCUCCGCAAGCGCGAGUCCGACCCCUACAAGGACCUGGCGCCGCGGCUGCUGUACGAGGCCAGCUGGGGCGGCCGCCGCCAGGCGCCCACCUUCAACCCCUAGAGGCCUGCGCUACGCCUUGCGGGCGGGCGGUGGGAAUGUGAGAGAGUGUGUAUUGUGUGCGUGUGGGAGAGAGGGGAAGUGGUGGGUGGAGGUAUGGGGCGUAGGGCUUGCGAUGUGUGGAGAAAGAGGGGGUGGAGGAGUGAGUGGAGGCGAAGGUGGAGGGGGGAGCUGGGAACGGAUGCUUGCGAGUGGAGAAGCGCUUGGCUGGGGACUGUGGGGAGUCAGUGAGCGAUAUGCGAGCGAUGGUUGAGACUCGAGAGCUAAGGUAGGCAUGGGGCGUGCGGAAUGUGAGCGCUGAAAGGAAUGGUCGCAGGUGUGGAGUGAAAGCGUGCAGUUCUCUGGGGGUGACAGGCUGACAGCCCAGAGUGGUGGGUGCAGUCAGGUGCAACCGUGGCAGGGAAGAGGGAAGCAGGAUGCCAGGUGAUGCCAGGUGAGCUUACCUUGUCGGUGUCUUGCAAACUGGGUCAAGGGGAAUGUUGUGAUGCGCCAAAGGAAGAUGGACACCGCACCAGAGGGCGUGCUGGGUGUGCCGCGCGGGAGCCGAGAUGGAACCA